AUGAUUUUAUUAUUUUUAUUCUUCAUAUUUAUAUUUAAUGUACAAACCUUUUUACAUUUUAAUAAUAAUACAUAUAUUGAACAAUUACCAUCAGAUUAUUUUUAUUCAUUUACUAAAUCAAAAUCUAUUCCUGAGCCUUAUUUAAUUAGUAUAAAUGAUGAAUUAAUGAAUAAUCUUUCUCUAUCAAUGAUUGAUCGACAAGAAAUGGCUGAAUUAUUAAGUGGUAAUAAACUUCUGUCUGGUUCUCGACCAGUAGCGAUGGUUUAUGCUGGUCAUCAAUUUGGUUAUUUUACUUCACAAUUAGGUGAUGGUCGAGCUCUUCUACUUGGUCAAUUAAAUCAAUGGGCAUUUCAUGCUAAAGGUACUGGACCAACACAAUAUUCUCGUGGUGGUGAUGGUCGAGCAGUAUUACGUUCAUCAAUACGAGAAUAUCUCGCAUCUGAAGCAAUGUUUCAUUUAGGUAUUGAAACAACACGUGCACUAAGUCUUGUUGGUUCUGUUCUUUCACCAGUCUAUCGGGAAACAAUUGAAACAGCUGCUAUUGUUGUACGUAUUGCACCAAUUGUUGCAUUUAUACGUAUGGGUACAUUUGAAUUAUUUUCAACUCGUCUUCAAUAUCAACAAGUUCGACAAUUAGCUGAUUUUGUUAUUAAUAAUAUGUAUGAUAAACCAUUAUCGAGUAAAAAUCGUUAUAAUUUAUUAUUAAUUGAUAUUACACAUCGAACAGCAAAUCUUGUUGCUUAUUGGCAAGCAUUUGGUUUUACACAUGGUGUAUUAAAUACUGAUAAUAUGAAUGUAAUUGGAUCAACAGUUGAUUAUGGACCUUUUGGUUUUGUUGAAACUAAACUUCAAGGUUAUAUACCAAAUCAUUCAGAUGAUGAAGGUCGAUAUGCAUUUGAUCGACAACCAUCGAUAGCUGCAUGGAAUCUUGCUAAAUUACGUUUAGCAUUUGAUUCAUUAAUUGAAUCAACAUAUCCGAUAAAUGAACAAUAUGAAUUUUGGUUAUAUUUUAAUCGUACAUAUGAUAAUUUAAUGCGUAAAAAACUUGGUUUAACAUUUUAUCUUCAAUCUGAUAAAUGGCUUUAUGAAGAAAUUCUUCGUUUAUUAGAUUUAUAUCAUAUUGAUUAUACUAGAUUUUGGAGACAACUUGCCGACGAUAUUAUUCCUAAUGAAAUACAAAAUGAACAUUGGUAUUAUGUAUAUAAACAAAGAUUAGCAUUAGAAGGUAGUUAUGCUAAUAAAAUUCGUCGUGAACAAAUGAAUCGUAUUAAUCCAAAAUAUAUUUUAAGAAAUUACAUGGCUCAAAUAGCAAUUGAAAAAGCACAAAAAGGUGAUUUUAAUGAAAUUGAUCGACUUUUUCAUUUACUUCGACAUCCUUAUGAUGAACAACCUGAUAUGAAUGAUUAUGCAAAAGCAUCUCCGGAAUGGGCAAAAAAGAUCAUUAUUUCGUGUUCAUCUUAA